AUGCACGCGCCUCGCCUGCUGCCCCUGAAGCAGCUGCUGUCCGGGAACGUCGCGGGCGCGAAGGAUGAGGCCCUGCGGGAAGUCUCGUCUCACAGAAACUCCCUGGCAGAGGCCAUGGUGCGCGAGAUCGCUACGGCACAGGACCAGUCCGGGGAGCUCGAGUUGUCCCUGACGUCUCUGAACUGGCUCGCCGACCAGUUGGACCGCUACCUGGUCGCCCUGAGCGCCGUGGAGGGCGUCGCGUCCACCGCGGGCCUCUUUCCGUCCCCGGGCUGGCGCGGGGCCUUCCAUCCGCGCUCCCGGCACACGUCCCAGGCGCUGGCGACCGAGAGGGCCGUCGCGCUGUACAACCUCGCCGUGGUCAAGCAGAGGAUCGGCGUGCUGCUCAGCUGCGGGGCGCCCGAGGCCGGAGUGCGCGGGGCGCCCGAGGCCGGAGUGCGCGUCAUGGGGCGCGGCGACGUCAUCCAGGGCUGCCAGACCCUCCAGGAAGCAGCGGGCCUCCUGCGCACCUGCCGCGAGGUCAGCGCGGAGGCCGCAGGCGGCGCGGUCGACCCGGACAUCUCGGAUGACAUCCUGCGGUUCGCGGAAUGCGUUGUGUUGGGCCAGGCGGCGAGCUGCUGCUUCCACAAGGCAGUGGCGGACGGGAGGACGUCCGGACCGGCGUGCGCGGCGCUGGCGCAGCACGCCGCGGACCUGUACGCGAGCGCGGGCGCCGCUGCGGCGAGCGCGAGAAAGCCGUCCGUGGGGGCGUCCUGGGCGGCGCAGGCGGCCGUGCACGCUGCGCUGUUCGAGGCCCGCGCCGAGAUGAGCGACGGCCAGCACCUGCUCGAGCACGGCGGGGCCGGCGCGGCCGUGACGCGGCUGUCCAGGGCCGUGCUCGCCGUCGACGGCGCGCUGGAGCGCACGAAGGACAUCCCGCACGUCGACGGCGGCGACAUGCUGCGCGCCACGCUGCAGCGGCUCCGGGGCGAGGUGGCGGCGCUCGCGUCGAAGGCGGAGCGCGAGAACGCGCAGGUGUACUGCCAGCCGGUGCCGCACCUGCCGAAGCUGCGCGCGGCGACGCUGGUGCGCGCCAUGCCGCCCGCGGCUGGGCGCUGGGAGCACAAGGCGCGCAUGCUGCCGCAGGGCCGCCUCCUGCCCGCGCACGGGGAGGGCUCGCAGCGCCUGAGCGAGCUCUCGCAGAGCAUGACGCGCCCGUCCGUGGGCAGCAUGGACGUCGGGUCGCCCGCGACGCCGGCACGGCAGGGCCACGGGCGCGCGCCGUCGCUGCCGUCGGUGCUCAGCGGCGAGCUGCGCGCCGGCGCGGGGCCGUCCCCGCACCAGCGGCCCACCUACCCGCAGCUCACGCCCUGCACGCCCGACCCCGAGAGCGUGCGCGUGACGGCCCCCGCAGCACCAGGGAGCGAACACCACAUGCUCCCGCAGGCCCCGGGCGCCUCGGCACCGGAGGACAUGGACGAGGACGUCGACGCCGCGUCGCCGCCGUUCGUCAACCCCCCCCUGUGCAGCGAGCACGGCUUCGGCACGACCUGCAUCGAUCCCGCGGCGACGGCGGCGCCUCCGCGGCCGCCCGACCCGCCGGAGCCGCGCGGGGGCGCCGCGCUGUACCCCGCGCUGCCGGACCUCGCGGCGUCGCUGUGGUCGUCGCGGGACCCCGCGGGGAACGGCAUGUACGCGGAGAUCGGGCCGCAGGGCGAGGUGGCGUUGCUGGCGGACGGAUACCCGGUGCCGGGCGGGCGGCCGCCGCCGCAGGUGGUCCAGGUGGGGCGCGCGGACAGCGGGAGCGGGCCCGCGGGGGCGGGGGCGCGGCAGGGCAUCGGGUCGAAGCUCCGGGGGGUGUUGCUGGGCAGGAUUGGGUCGGGGCGCAAGGCGGGGAAGCGCGGGUGGGAGGAGUCGACGAGCGCGCCGACGCUGCGUCCGCUGCCGCACCGCGGCACGUUCGGCGCCUUCCAGGAGAUCCGUUUCGAGGACAUCACGCGCGAGAAGUGUCUCGGGCGCGGGGCGUACGGCGAGGUGUGGUCGGCGCGGUGGCGGCCGCGGCCGGACGCGGAGGAGAUGACGGUGGCGGUCAAGCUGAUGCACUUCGACAUGGCGCAGAUCAUGGAGCAGCGCGGGCCGGGCGCGGACGACGACCGCGAGAAGGAGCUGUCCGCGCUGCGCAACGAGCUGCAGCUGCUGGCACAGAUGGACCACCCGCGCAUCGUGCGGUGCUACGGCGGCGCGCUGCACCCCAAGCCGUUCAUGGUGAUGGAGCUCGCGCGCGGGGGGUCGCUGGACGAGCGGCUGCACGGGCGGCACCGCGCGUCCCGCGCGCUCCCGCUCGAGCAGGCGCUGGUCAUCGUGCGCGACAUCGCGGAGGCGCUGGCGUACCUGCACCCUGGCGGCGUCAUCCACCGCGACCUGAAGCCGCACAACAUCCUGCUCGAGGAGGACGGGCGCGCGAAGCUGGCGGACUUCGGCAUCGCGCGCAUCCGCGACCCGGACGCCACGCAGACGGGCAUGGUCCUGUCGAAGAACGACGGCACGCCCUACUACAUGGCGCCCGAGGUGCUGCAGGCGGGGCGGAUCAACGCGAAGUGCGACGUGUACUCGCUCGGCAUCGUCGCGUGGGAGUGCCUCAGCGGGGAGCGGCCGUGGCGGUCCCUCGACCAGGUGUUCCAGGUGGUGUGGAAGGUGUGCAUGACGCACGAGCGGCCGCCCAUGCCGGGCGGCGUGCCGCUCGCCGUGCGCAGGCUGAUCGAGGCGUGCUGGGCGCCGGAGCCGGCGGAGCGCCCGACGUGCGCGGAGCUGGUCCGGCAGAUCGACGCGCUGCUGGCAGGGGACGCAGGGGUCCUGCGGGGCCAGUUGUGA